AUGGACAGUAAGCUGGAGGUCCUACUAUUUCGCCCACGUGACCUGGCCAACCACCGCGACCGGAAAGAGAUUACUGAUGCGUCCCCAAGGUCCUCACUCAAGUACCAGCCACCAGGCGCAAAACUCCGUCUUGACGUCUUCGAGUCUCCCAAGGUCCCCAUGGAUCCCACUCUUCCCCCCGCCGGAAAUUAUAACUGA